AUGGGGAAAGAGUAUCACGAGCUUCGAGCGGAGUUGGUAGAAGCUUAUGAACUACCGAUGAAAACCAAAACUCUCAGAGAAGACCUGUCAGUUUUGGAUUCUCAUCUGCAAAAGGAACAGAGUUAUUUGAAAGCAAAGGAAAACGAUGUGGAGGAGGUGAAGAAGCAGAUCCAACUGUUGAAGGCGAAACAAGAAGAAUUAAAGAAGGAGACAGAGCGAAACCAACAAAUUAUCGCCAGUCAACCGGUGUCAAGUGAGGAAAUGAAACGUUUGUCGCUGCAGAACCAGGAAAAUCGCUAUUAUUUGGCAAGUCUCAAAGCAGAGGAAGCGGCGAAAGCAAGUAAAGUGGAUGAAAUUGACAUGUAUUGCAAUGAAAUGGACGACAAUGUACGACUAUUGUUUUUUUUAUGAAA